UCUUCUUCCCCAUUCUCCUCUAUCCCCCCAUUUUCCCUCCCCUCAAAUUAAAACAUAGAAGAAAAGAAUAUUUGAUUUUAUAUUCUGAAAGAGAUGAAGUUUGGGAAGAGUUUGAGUAACCAGAUCGAGGAGACGUUACCCGAAUGGAGAGACAAAUUUCUGUCCUACAAGGAGUUGAAGAAGCGGCUCAAGUUGAUUGAGCCAAAGAAGAAUCCGUCCUCGUCUUCGUCCGUCAAUGGUGGUGAUGGCGAAGAGUCUGCAGUGCUGGAGGCUGCUAGGCCUAAUAAGAAGCCUAGGUUGGAUAAUUGUGUAGUCGACGGCAGUGGAGGUGAGAAGGUUCUGGCUGCUGCGACCGAGAUGACCGAGGCGGAGGUGGAUUUUGUUAAGUUGUUGGAGGAUGAGCUGGAGAAAUUUAAUACUUUCUUUGUUGAGGAAGAAGAGGAGUAUAUCAUUCGAUUGAAGGAGUUGCAAGAUAGGGUGGCUAAGGCGAAGGAUUUUAGUGAUGAGAUCAUAAAGAUACGAAAAGAAAUAGUAGAUUUCCAUGGAGAGAUGGUUUUGUUGGAGAAUUACAGUGCUCUGAAUUAUACUGGAUUGGUGAAGAUUUUAAAGAAGUAUGAUAAAAGAACUGGUGCUCUCCUUCGCUUGCCCUUCAUUCAGAAGGUUUUGCAACAGCCAUUCUUCACCACUGACGUGCUGUACAAGCUCGUGAAAGAGUGUGAGAGAAUGCUUGAUCAUCUGUUCCCUGUGAAUGUAGACUCAUCUGCACCUGAAGCUGCUGACAAGAAUGAACCCUCAACAAGUUCCAACACCAAGGAUGAGAGUUUGCUCCAAGGCCCCAAGGAACUUGCAGAGAUUGAGUACAUGGAGAGCUUAUACAUGAAGAGCACUUUGUCAGCCUUGCGCGUUUUGAGGGAAAUCCGUAGAGGUAGCUCAACUGUUAGUGUUUUUUCUUUGCCCCCUUUGCAGACUGGUGGACUUGAGGAACCUUGGAAUAAAGUCCCAGUUAUAGAACAAGUUGCUAAAUGAUGUGUUUACACAGGGGAUCACAUCUAGUGUUCGCCCAAGCAUAUGUUGUCAGUUUUGACAGUGUUUUUGUUUGUUUUCACUCGUGCAUGUACUAGAGAUACUAACACAGAUGUACAAUUAAUCUCAAAGAACUAUGAGCGAUUACAGGAAUAUGAAAUCUGCUAUACUGAUCCGAAAUUGCUCUUUGUGGCUGCCAAUCAGAUUAAAUCGUGCUGGUGUAUUCUUUUGGCA